GCAUGCAUUAUUGAUUGCCGAUCGGCACUGGACCUUCUUGGGAAUCCUCUUUCCUUUAGAUGUUCGCUUUCAUAUGAGCAGCACCUCCGUCACUGGCAGACAACUUUGAUAUUGUUUUAAGUGUGAGAAACUGGUGGAAGUGAUGACAGCCGACACCAGGAGGAUGUAAGCAGUUCAUAUUGACGGAUGGGACAAUGAUUAAGAGCGACACCAAGGGCGAGGGCGAGAGGCAGCCAAGGAAAGUCCGAUUUCGCAUUGCCUCUUCACACAGUGGGAGAGUGCUCAAAGAGGUGUACGCUGAUGGAGAAACCUCCGAUUCCCUGGAUUCCGAAUGCACAAGCAGCUCCGAAACAGACCAGAGCCGGCUCAGUGAAUCCGAUGGGCAGCACAAUGGAAACCUGGGGUCUGAAUAUGAUGAGAAUGAGAAAGAGUCGGAUGAUAUGUUUAUUUUUGUGAGAGCCGCCAAAGAGAGGGGAUUUGGCGCGAAAAGAGUCAACAUCCUCAGCAAAAAUGGUACAGUCCGAGGAGUCAAGCACAAAGUCAGCGCGGGUCAAGUUAUCUUUGACAAUUUGUCAAAAGUGUUCCAGGUAUCAUCUGUUUUGGAGUAUGGACGCAUAAUAAUCUACACAACCAGCCUUCGAGUGGUGAGAACAACUUUUGAAAGAUGUGAGUUGGUUCGAAAGAUCUUCCAAAAUCACCGGGUGAAAUUUGAAGAGAAGAACAUCGCUCUGAAUGGUGACUAUGGAAAAGAACUCGAUGAGCGAUGCAGAAAAGUUGGUGAAACCCCAUCACUACCUGUUGUGUUCAUUGAAGGCCAGUACCUGGGGGGUGCUGAGAAAAUUUUGUCAAUGAAUGAAUCAGGGGAACUGCAGGAUCUCUUAACCAAAAUUGAGAGAGUUCAACACCCCCAUGCAUGCCUCUCCUGUGGGGGCUUUGGUUUUAUUCCGUGCUCAGCGUGCCAUGGGAGCAAGAUGUCCGUGUUUCGGAACUGUUUUACAGACUCAUUCAAGGCCCUCAAGUGCACAGCUUGCAAUGAGAAUGGGUUGCAACGCUGCAAGAGCUGCGUGAGCUAAAGAUGGCGGCCUCGACACAUGUGACAACCUCAUUUUAUUAUGUCAACGCAGCAGUUUGUUAUACUCUUUUAUAUUGAGAAAAAACCAUCAUGUUUAUCUAAUUCAAUCAAUAAAGUUCAUUUGUAAAGAAAAAAA